AUGGCUAAAGACAACUUGACACGAUUGCUGAGUCAAUUGAAUGUUCAUUCGGCUCAGGGUGAGUCUUCUAAAGUGCAAGAGACCUGUGUAGAACUGUUGGAAAACGGAUGCUCAGAACCUGGAUCAAUUCUUAAGAAUCUACUGGUGUCAAUUAUCCAACAAGAUGCGUACCAAUUGGGGCUAGAUAUGCUUAAAAAUUACAAGCACAUUGAUGAGAAAUUUGGUUCAGAAUUCGCGCUUGAGAAAUUGUACAUCUUUUACAAAUUGAACAAAUUGAAGGAAUUCCAAGAACUUUAUUCAGUCCUCAACCCUACUAGCAUUGACACUGUUCUAAAGCAGAAUGAACGCCAAACUGCACCAUUGAGAGGUGUCUUACAUGUGAGAGCCCAGUUCUGUUAUAAAAAUGGAUUUUACGACGAAGCUUUCAAGAUCUACCACUAUUUGGCAACACAUAACGAAAAAGGUAUUGACGAUGAAUUGGAGCUGGCCUGUAACGUGAGAGCCCCCUUGACUGUGACACCCGAACUCAGAUCCAAUUUGAAGUUACCUUUGGCACCUGAGGAUUCUUCCUCAUCCUAUGAUUUGAUGUUUAACGAUUCGAUGAUCCAAUGCUCUCUAGGUCUUUACGAUGAAUCUCUUGAAUUGUUGACGAAAGCUCACGAAUUAGCCAAACAAGAAGGUAACGAAUCGGAUUUAGAUGCCAUUCAAUUACAGCUGGCGUACGUUUACCAGUUGAAAGGUGAUAAGGUUAGCUGUAAACAAAACUUAAAUGAUCUGUUGAACAGAUCAGAUUCUAGCUCCCCCAUCAAUUUGCUUGCAAAAAACAAUUUAGGAGCAUUUCAAGAUUUUUCCAAAUAUACCACGAAUUUGAAUUUAACUUUAAGAGAAUUGAACGUAGAGAACUUUACCGCCAUUGAUCAAAAACAUUUUACCAAGCAGCAAUGGCUCCUUCUGCAUAAUAACUUUUUAUUUCUGCAUCUUUUCAACAAUAACAAUAUACAACCAAAAUCUACCAUCGUGUCACGUACGUUGAGUAACUAUAAGAGUUUAGUCGAAGAUAUCAAUCUGGAAACUUAUAGUACUCAAGCAAAGAAAGCAUACCAUCACGCAAUUACCAUGAUCAAAAGUACUGUUGAAGGUAGCACCAUCGGAUUUGUUCUACUGGCAGUCCAGCUACUUGUCGUUCAAAAGGAAUGGGAUAAUGCCAUCAGGCUCGGUGAAAUGUUUUUGAACAAAUGUUGGGAAAACUCUAAGAUUAUUCCUGAUGGUAAACAUCAUAUUGUGUGCUACAUUCUCUUCCUUCUUUACAGUACGACAGCUAGGGGCCAUUCAAAGACAAUUUUACUGCAAAAAUUAGCUAAUGAGACUAAAGUUUUACCCAGGGAUGUUGAAUUCUGGAAGCAUGUUUCCUUCCAGUAUUUAGAGUGUGGUGAUUUGAAAAAUAGUAGGAAACUAUUAAAACAAAUUACCGGAUACAUUCCUGAUGAUGAAAUUAUCCGUCAAGUCUUAGCAGACGAUGAUCUAAAUGUGGAAAAUGGUUAUGAAAUCACUAGCGGUAUCGAUGUGGCUGCUCUUGUAGGUGCUGGCGUAACCCCACUAGAGAGUAAUCGUAUCAAGAAGGAUACUCGUUCUAACAAGAUACAGAAGAAGCGUCUUGAUAUUAGGAAGAAGAGAAGAGCCCAAAAAGCAAAGAAACUUUUGGCAACUCGUACUGUUACCAGAUCGCUAGAUCCUGAAAGGUGGUUACCAUUGAAAGAUAGGUCUACAUACAGACCCAAGAAGAAACAACAGGGGAAACAGACACAAGGUGGUGCCAUGAAUAAAAAAGCCGAACAGAGUCUUGACAUUUCUAAAAAAUCGAAGAAAUCUAACGCAUCUAAAGGUAAGAAGAAAUCUCGUAAAUGA